AUGAGCAGUGACACCCUUCUCACCGCCCUCGUGCUGGGGGUGCUCCUGGCGGCGACGACAGCCACCAUCACCUAUCCCUUCGACUCGAUCAAGACCCAGCAGCAGAUCACCAACGAUGCCUACAUGAAGAAAUGGCACAUCCCGGGGAACUACCCCAGCUCGCUUGCUCAGCUCUUCCGCGGGUGUCUGGCGCUGGUGGUGGGGCUGAUGAUGAAAACCAGCACCCGGAUCAUCACCUACAACUGGGCGUGUCAGUUUAUGACCGUCUACCACGACAACGCCGGCGCCCACAAGCUCAAACCGACCCUGCUGCGAGUGGUGGUCGCCGGCGCCAUUGCCGGGUUCUUCGAGCUGUUGUGGAUUAUUCCGUUUGAGAAUAUCAAGAUCUUGAUGAUCCAAAACAUGCUGUUGGCCAACGAACUCAAACGGUGUAAAGAACACGGCAUCACCUAUGACAUUACUGGUAAGGACACCACCAGCCACGGCCACCGCCCGCCGCUGAGCAUUUUCACGCGCCAAUACGUGCUGCCGAAUGCCUACUACACCACGGGUAUCAUCGAGCAGAUCAAGGGCAAAAUGCCGUCGAAAUUUACCCUGCCCAGUCAGUUGACGGCGGCUGAUACUCUCAGGAUACAAUACAACCACAGCCCUACGCAUACGUUUUUAGGGUCGAUCAAGGAAUUAUACGCCACUAAGGGGCUUCCCGGUUUCGCCCUGGGUCUGUUUGUCACGUUGACAAGGCAAGUGGGUAACUCGGUGGUGUGGUUCUGGACCUAUAGUGCCGUGCGCCAGCUCUUAGACCCGCAAGCCAAAAGUGACGCGUGGUUAUCGGGAUCCCACCUGAUGCUUCAGAGUCUUGCCAUUCAUUUCACGGCGACGCUGGCGGUGAUCUUAGCUACUCAACCGUUGGAUGUGGUCAAGACCCACAUGCAACUGAAAAACGGUAAGCGCUUAUACCGCGACUCGCUUUUCACUGCUUACAAGUUGUUCACCAAGCAAGGGCCGCGACUGUUGUACAAAGGGCUGUUGCCUCGCUGGUGUAAGGUGUUAGUGCUGGGAGGUUUAACUGCGGGUGUCUACCUGUAUGUGGAACGGUUUGUGUCGAUGGCAGGACAAAAGUCCCCCUUCACCACCGAGGGUUAA